AUGGAGACGACUACUGCUUCUGACACUUUGCCCACUCGAGGGAUAUUGAGCUCAUCUGGCCAGAACCCAAAAGAAGGCUCACUUCCCACUGCACUCUCCAAGUGGAAUAAACAAUCUUUGCCUUAUUUUCAUGAUAGUGAAUUUGGGGUCCAAUUAAACGACGUUUCCACCUCCAAGAACGAAUCUAGAGCUUCAACCUUAUCUAUGAAUGGUACAGCAAUCCAGCCGUCGACUAUUGUGUCUCAGAAAUAUGAGUAUAAUGCGGAAUUACUCAACCAUGUAACUCCCCGACAUGUUACCUUGUUUGUCCCGACCAAAUCCGGUAGUAGUAUUCACAAUGUCUAUACCGGUGAAGGAUCAGUGCAACCCGAAAAUGGGUCUACGACUCAAGGGACUAUUUGUUUUACUGCUCCCGAGCGUUUCGCUCCGGUGCAAAAGAUCUCCAUCAACAGACACCCAAUCCGCGGUGGUACAUCUUUCAACCGCGAUGGAGAGGGGGCUUACCUCGAAAUUCCUUUGCAUGACUACCAACAUUGGGAGGCACUUCAAGGCAGAGAUGACGAGAAUGGGUUGGUGAUCGUUAACGGGACUCUGACGGUGUUCGAAAUGACCAGUAAAUCAGAUACAUCUGCGCCUGUAGCAGAAGUCUCCGAUUCCCUCUCUGAUAAGGGACAAGCGAAUAUCAAAGGCGGUACUUCGAGCUGGACGAAUAAUCUAACCAGCGUCCCUGAUUUGUUCUGA